CCGCAUCCGCGAAUGCUUUUAUUUUUUAUAUAUUUAUAGCACACACCCAGUCCCCGAUCGGCCUACGCACACUGCUAAAAACAUACUUUUUUUUUCUUCUUUAAUAUUAACAAAAUUUAUUUUGUUAUUGAACCUUUUGAGUCAUGGCCUCCAGGGGCUGUAUUGUUUUAUUUCAUCUGGUAAUGGUGAUAAAUGAAGAGUUUUUGCAGGUCACUGCUCUUGUGGGUGUCAUCGGAGGUUCUGUGGUUUUACCGUGUUCCUCUGAAGAACCUCAGAUGACACCUGAAGACAUUACAGUGAAUUGGAAACACCUUAACAGACUGAAAGUAUAUGACGUUGUUAAGGGUAAAGGCUCUGUGGAAGGACAGGAUCCAAAAUACAAGAACAGAGUUGAAAGCGACUCUGAGCAGCAUCUGAGAGGAAACUUCUCAAUCAAACUCAAAAAUCUUCGGUAUAGUGAUACAGGAAAGUACCAGUGCUACAUCAUAAAGGAAUCAGUAAUUCAGACUGUGGAGCUAGGGAUUGAAGAGCCUGUGCAGCACCCAUUUGUGCCUUCUGUUGGCGGUUCUGUGGUUUUACCUUGUUCUUCUAAAAAAUCUCAGCUUCCAGCUGAAGACAUUACAGUGCACUGGAGAUACAACGAGAACCUGGAAGUGUAUGACAUUAUUAAGGGCAAAGUCUCUCUGGAAAAACAGCAUUCAGCAUAUUACAACAGAACUGAGAUUUUCAGUGAGAAGUAUCUGGAUGGAAACUUCUCCCUCAAACUUAACAACGUUCAGCGCAGCGAUACAGGAACCUACAAAUGCCACAUCGCAAAUGAAUUACUAAUUCAAAGUGUGAAACUAGAAUUUAACCAAGGAGCACAAGCAAGACCAGAGAAGAUUUUAUUAGUGCCUUUACUUUCUGUUUCCAUUCUGCUCUGUAUGUGAGUGUUGAGAGGAGAAAUCAUUUGUCUACAGUAUUGAAACUUAUGAAAUGAAAAUUAUUCAUAUCGGAGCAUUGUCAGCUCACCCCAUACACUAAUAAAAAUAAAAGUGAUGCCAAAUAA